CCUUCUCUAGAAAUGGAAAGAGAGUAUCAAUUGUUUAAAAAUAUACUAAUAAAAAAUUUAUCAAUAUUUGGAACCCACACUACAGUGUCUAACUGAACACUAAAUAUAGAUGACAGUUUUGUGCUUCCUUUUACAGGACCUAUAGGAAUUCACAUGCCCUGAGGAAAGCAGGGAAAGAACUGCAGGAACCCGUAGAAAGGGGUUUUUGUUUGUUUGGUUGGUUUUUUCUGGGGGGAUUGUUGUUGGUUGUUGUUUUUCUUGUAGUGGCUACAUGAGUGAUUUCUAUUUGGAUCUGGCCCCUUUAAGCGGCUCUUCUGGAAUUGCUAUAUAACAUUUUUCUGAAAGAAGGAAUUUGGAACAAUGAAUCAUUCUGCCUUGGAAACUGGCUCCUUUGACACCCAUGAAGAGAGAAAGCUCUAUGUUAUUGAUUCCUUAAAUGACUUAAACAAAGUGAACUUCUCUCCUACUGGAUCUCAGCAUGUAAUCUCUCAAGAGAAGAAGUUCAUAGGAGGUGCUGUUAACAUAGGGAAUGGAAUCAGGAACCGAAGCUUAUUCUUUGUGGGGCUGAUCAUUGCCUUGAUCGUCAGCUUGACACUGGUUUCUUUUGUGAUAUUCUUACUAAUUCAAACUGGAAGCAAGAUGGAUGAAGUGUCAAGAAGAUUAACAGCUGAAGGAAAGGAUAUUGAUGAGCUGAAGAAAAUAAACAGCAUGAUAUUAAACCGUCUCAACCAAUUGGAUGCUAUUGAAAACUAAAGAAAUGAUCUGUAAAACAUCAACUGUGAAAGUCUGGAGGAUUCCUCUUAACUUUACAAAGAAUAUUUAGGUGAACUUUUCAGGAGGUUACUAUAAGAGAACAACACAUUGGGUGACAAAAAAAAAAAGGGUUGAUGACAUUCUUUUGGUUGUAUCCAUGAGAAAAAAUUCUAGAAAUAGCAAUUUCUCAAGCCUCCGUGAUAUAGUUGUUAAUGUUUUUGGAGGAUAAAUGAUGUGAAUGAGAAUGGAGAAAGCACUGGAUUUUUAGUCAGAAUACUUGAGUUCUAUUCCUGGCACUGCCAUGUACAUUACCUGUGUGACCUUGGAUAAGCCACUUAAUAGCUUUGGGCAUCAGCUUCAUAGGAUCAUAAUAAUCAUAGAUUUAGAUUUGAAAGGAACCUCAGUCUACCUACUCCUACCCUCUCAUUUGACAGAGGAGAAAACUGAAGCCAAGAGAAAUCCAGUGACUUGUCCAAGGUCACACAGGUAGUAAAAAUCAGUUUUUUUUUUUUAAUAACUAGUUUAUUUGGUUU